AUGAAAUUCGCAGUUUUCGCUUUGGUUGCCGCCUUGUGCUUGGUCACCAUUAACGCCAAUGCCGUUGGCUUUACUGAUGAUCUCCCCACCGAGUUCGUCCCCAGUGAGUUUGCCGAUGAUGAGUUCGUUGACAUCGAGCAGUACCACAUUUUCAGCUCUUUCUGGUGGAUUGCCAAGGCCGCUUUGAAAACGUUGAAGGGUGUCAACUGCUCCAUCAAACAGGUGAUUAUGAUUCGUGACGCUGCCGUUAACUUCUUGCCCAGUCUUCAAAAUUGCGGUACUGAUGCCGUCAAUGCUUAUGCCAAUGUCAUUACCGCUACCCAAAAUGUUAUCGAUACCUGCAAUGCCAUUAUCCAAACCAACGAACAAGUUUGCAACAAUGAUGAAUCGACCAAUGUCUCAACAUCUACCCCCAAGACCUGUUUCUCGACAUUGUUGAAACAAUUCUACACAUUGAACAAACAACUUAAGGCCGUUAAUACUGCCAUCAAGAAGGUUCCCUCCAUUCCUUCGGAUGCUGCCGAUUGUGCCAAUCAAGCUGUCAACGAUUUGACCUCUCCCAUGACCAAUUUUGCUUCCUCUAUUAAGGCUUGCUCUAAGUUGACCAGCUAA